AUGUCCGACUUUGGGGACGAUGAUCCCUACACCGUGGACCGAGGCUACAAAACCGACAGUUAUAUUAUGGCUGUUAGUGGAGCCUACGUGGAGCCGGUAGAGCCAUCUUAUAGCAGGGAAAAGGUUCAGCCCGUCUCGACUGGUAAAGAGCUUUUGAUUCAGGAAACUCCAAGAGAUUACGGUGCUUUGAGUCCAGAUGAAGUUGAAUAUUACAGGAAGGAUUCGUUUUGGAAAACUUGUCGGUGUGUUUCUUACUGUAACGUUAUUUUCUUAAUUUUACCCUACCCUACCCUACUUAGCCUUAGCCUUAUCCUUAGCCUUAGCCUUAGCCUUAGCCUUAGCCUUAGCCUUAGCCUUAGCCUUAGCCUUAGCCUUAGCCUUAGCCUUAGCCUUAGCCUUAGCCUUAGCCUUAGCCUUAGCCUUAGCCUUAGCCUUGCCUUAGCUUUACCUUAGUCUUGCCUUAGCUCAGCCUUCCCCUGCUUUGCUCUGUUCUUCCCUGCCCUGCCCUGUUCAACCUUUACCUGCCCUUUUAUAUUAUAGCCUGUUCUAUGGUACUCUAUCUUACCUUACUGUAUUUGCUCCCGUCUUACUCUACCUUACUCUGUCUUAUCCUACCCUUCUUACACUUGCCCUACGCGAAAGUUCAUUUGUUCAAAAUUUUAAAAAUUUAAACUUUCAGCUGGUCCUGUAUAGUAUGUUGCCUCCUUCUUCUCAUCUUCCUCAUUCUCCUCACAGUAUACAUACUGUUGAUAUCACCUCGUUGCAUUGAACAUGACCAUGAUUGGUGGGAAAAGUCAGUGGUCUACGAGAUAUGGACUCCAUCGUUCAAAGAUUCAGACGCCUCAGGGAAGGGCGACUUCAUGGGUAUUGUUGAGAAGAUGACACAGAUACGAAGGCUUGGUAUCACCGCUUUGUAUAUCAAGCCGUUUUUAAGUCAUACUGAUAAGAAUGGCGCUGCUGUUGAUGAUUUGGAUGAUGUGGCUCAUGAGUUGGGGAAUUUGAAGGAGGCUACACAAAUGAUCGAACAGGCUCAUAGCUAUGGGUUUAAGGUAAGCAUAUAUAUGUGGCUAGGGUAUGGUUGAGUUGGUUAGGGUACAGAAAGGGUAGGGUAACAUGUCUAUCAGAAGGCUAGAAGACCAUUUUUAGAAGUUCUGGCCUAUUUUAAAACUUUUUGCAAAAAGGAAGUUGAGUGGAAGAUUUUCAGUGCAAAUUGCACUAAAAAUCUUCCACUAAAAUUUCAUUUUAAAAAAGUCUUAAAAUUGCCUAAAAACAUCAUUUUUAACGUUUUUACAUACAAGUGGAAGUUUGGUGGAAGAUUUUCAAUGUAUUUUGCACUGAAAAUCUUCCACAGAACUUCCACUUCUAAAAAGUGUUUAAAACCUGUUUUUAAGCAAUUUUAAGACAUUUUAAAAAUGGAAGUUGAAUGGAAGAUUUUCAGUGCAAAAUACAUUACAAAUCUUCCACUUAACUUCCACUUUUUAAAAAGUGAUUUUUUGGGUUUUUAAUCAAAAUUCUUGACAAAUUAUGGUUUGUAAAGAAAGUUUUUGCCAUUUUUAAUUGAUUUUGAUGAGCUUUUAAUACAUUUUUACUCAAUUUCAAUUAGUUUUGUCAUUUUAGGUAAUAAUAGACUUCCCAGUAGCAGCCACCUCUCUGAAACAUCCUUGGUUUCUGAAGUCUUCUCAAGCCUCAGCUCUGGAGAAUCGAGAAUAUUCUGAUUAUUAUUUUUGGAAGAAAAAUUAUGAAUCGACCGAAUUCAUAGCCAAAUACGGUAACAAUGGCGAUGUCUACUAUCAUAUCGAGAAUCGACCAGAAUUGGCAGUGCUGAACUAUAAAGAACCGAAUGUAUCAUCACACAUUCAGAAGUCGAUUUUUGAAUGGAUUCAGCGAGGCGUGGAUGGAUUCCAUUUGAAAUAUGUUGAUUAUUUGGCUAGGACUACUGAUGGCAAAUAUCCGGUAAGCUUUAUUGAAGUUUAGUGUAGGGUAGAGUAGAGUAGAAUGAGGGUACGGUAGGGCAGAGUGAAAGGCCGAAGGUAGGACCUACGGUAGGGCCUAGGGUAGGACCUAAGAUAGGGCGGAGGGUAGGGCCAUGGUAGAGCCAGAGUAGGACAAGGAUACAGUAUGGUAGCAUAAGGCUAUAGUAAGUCCUAUUUAUGACAUGGUAGGGCUUGGGUAUAGUAAGGAAAAGGGCCAAAAUAAGAUGUGGUAAAGUAUGAUAAUCGUAAGGCAUGGUAGGGCUUUGGUUACGGUAGGAAUAAGAGACGGUAGGGCUACUUACAAGGCUAAAGCAGAAGCUACAGCUUUGGGCUAGGGCUCUGGGCUAAAACUCUGCGCUUCGUCUCUGGACUAGAGCUCUGGGCUAGGACUCUGGGCUUCGUCUCUGGACUAGGGCUCUGGGCUAGAGCUCUAGGCUAGGGCUAGAACUUUAAGCUAGGGCUUGGACCGGCCAAAUGAUUAUUUUUCAUUUUUUCAGAAUUGGAAUGGAAUUGUAAAAGCCAUAACAGACUUGAAGAAGACGAUAAAGACAAAAUUACAAGAAAGAGAAGAUCUCAAGGACAAAAAAAUGUAAGGGUUUUUAUUUUUGAAAUUCUAUGAAAUUAAAAAUUUUUUUAAAUGUCUUAAAAUGGCUUAAAAACACGUUUCUGACACUUUUUAGAAAUGGAAGUUAGGUGGAAGAUUUUUGGUGCAAAAUACAUUACAAAUCUUCCACUCAACUUCCAACUCCAAAAAUUGUCCAAAACGUGUUUUAAGGCCAUUUUAUAUCUUUUUAAAAAUGGAAGUUGGGUGGAAGAUUUUCAGUGCAAAAUACAUUACAAAUCUUCCACUCAACUUCCACUGUUUUAAGACGGCCGUUACAGAUUUUAAAUUAUAGAUUUAAAAAUAGUUUACCUUCAGAUUCUUCUUCGCCUCCAUGGAGAACAUUGGAGAGAUGGAGAAAGUUCGUCUAGGCCAAAAAGCCGGUCUAGACGGAGUACUAAACACUGAACUGUUAAAGAUUGCCGUAGGCAAUAGAAUUUGUGAAAAGACUCCAGACUCAAUAUCAGACUGUUCGAAUGAAGUCAUUGGUGACAUUCUACAAUUCUACCAGACUUCUGAAGAGAUAUGGCCUUUGUGGCAGUUUGGUGACUCUGAUACUGAGCGAUUGGCUAGUAGAACAAGGUCAAGAUUGCAGGCAGAGCUGCUUCAGAUGGUACAACUUUUACUGCCUGGUACGCCAAUUGUGUACUAUGGAGAUUUACUUGGCGCUAAAGAAGUUAAAAGCAUGGUAAGUUACCCUACCCUACCCCUGCUUUUUUCUACCUUAUCUUACCGUACUCUGUUCUAUCCUACCUUACCCUAACUGUAGCCUCGCUACCUGUCCCCACCGCAACUUUUUCUUACCGUGCCUUACUUUAAGCCUACCUUACCGCUUUACUGCUUUCUUCUACCGUAUCAAGGGACAAACUUAUUACCAUACCCUACUGCCCCUAUUUGAGCACAACCCACCUACUAUAGGCAAACUCUGCAUUACCAUACCCUACUGCCUCACCUCACCUACUAUACGUUCCCUUUUCCAGGACGACCCCCAGCGCUCAGCUAUGGCCUGGGACGACUCUUCAACAGCCGGUUUCUCGGACGCAUCGGUAUUCCAAUGGACGGCCAGACUACCAUCGGAAUGGAAACAUGUAAAUUUCGAAAAAGAAAUCGACAACCCAAAGAGUCGAAUUCGAGUUUUGAAACGAUUAAUUCAGUUGAAAAACAUCCAUGACAUUCUGUUUGACGGCCAAACCUACUUGAGCAAGCCCGUUCAGAACAGCUUUUCACUUUGCCGGUUUUGGAAAAGUGAAAAUGACACUAACAAAGAGGUGUUCGUUCUGUCCGUCAAUUUUGGAUCACGGUAGGCGUUUGGAUAACCUUUUAUGUUGAGAAUAACCGCAAUAACUUUGUUUACAAUGGGUGGAAUGACAAAAUUUUUGGAUAUUUAGUGAAAAAAGCUCAGAGUUUUAUAAAAACAUUCAAAAAACGCAAGAACUUUAUUUACAACGCUUAUAACUUCCAUUUUAAAAAAGUGGAAGUUGAGUGGAAGAUUUGUUAUGUAUUUUGCACUGAAAUUCUUCCACUCAACUUCCAUUUUUUAAACGUUCUAAAAUGGCCUAAAAACACGUUUUUAACACUUUUUGAUAUGGAAGUUUGGUGGAAGAUUUGUAAUGUAAUUUGCACUGAAAAUCUUCCAGCAAACUUUAUUCUUAAAAAGUGUCAAAAACGUGUUUUUAGGCCAUUUUAAGACAUUUUAGAAAUGAAAGUUGAGUGGAAGAUGUUCAGUGCAAAAUACAUUACAAAUCUUCCACUCACCUUCCAUUUUUAAAACAGCAUUUUUUACUUGGUUCAACCUCAAAAACAGCAAAAACUAUCCCUCCAAGCCUAAAAAGUUUUAUUUCAGGCCAGUGAACAUCUCAAUUCACGACAUACCGCCAUUCGUGUACGCAGUAAAGCACAUGAACCUUCAAGCCCAGAACGAUCCGUACUUGGAGGCUCGAGUCUUGGCGGUUUCAUCAGCCGUUCAUCCUGAAAACUGGUAUCCACAACAAAAAUUCAACCUCGCUUUGGGGCAAUAUGAGUUAGGGGUGGACCAGGGUAUUCUUUAUCGGUUUUUUGUUACCUAA